AUGUUCCAUUUCGGAACUGAUCUUGCCAAAAAUCCGCCUUCGGCUCCCUGGAAGCCGUUGUCGGUGGGAUACGUUCUCAGCGAAGAGCACUCUGUAGACCACGACAAAUACAGCCGCUUCUCAGGAUCUCCUACACACGAGAAUACCAAGGCAUGGGAGGAUCUCAUACAACGGAAGCCAACAUUCUUCGCAGCAACAGACCAUGAGCUUCGCGCUGGUGGUGAGACCAUCGACGACGCAGUGAGAGUCGCAGACACAGAUGGCUAUCUUGCUGCUCUCGGAGUCUAUCACGAACUUCACUGUCUGCGUCAGCUGAGGCUUCAUCUCUACCGCGACGUCUACUUCACCAAUUUGACGGAGGCGAACCUGCAGUGGUUCUACGAUCAUCUUGACCACUGCAUCGAAACUCUUCGAAUAUCGAUUAUGUGUCAAGCGGACCUGAGCCUGUAUACAUUCAAGUGGGAUAGCAACGAUGAAUAUCGGCCACACGCCAAGUCGAACUCGAAGAGAAUGUGCGUCAAUUGGGACGAAGUGGAGCGUUGGAGCUCGGAGCGCAAGGUAUCUCUCUGGCCUCGUUUGAUACGCAAGGGUGGGAGUUCUGAAAAGAUCCACUUGUAA